UUCCCGUUCCAUCUUUCUUCGCGGACGCCUUCCUUCUCCUUUGCAUUUACCUUUACCUUUACCUUCUCACGUUACAGACGAUUCUAUAAUCUUUCGAUCUCAGAUGGAAAAGGCAAAACCUGCGGCCUUAACGUAUUCAUUGCAGAAGCGGGAUCAUAGUGCAGAAGUCAAAUUCAAAAUCCCUCAACCCUAUAGAUCACCUUUUGCAAAAGCUAAACCUCCAAGUUUAGUUAGUUUAUGUAUUGGAAUUAUUGGAGAACAUCUUGAAGAUAUCAUUCCAGACCUCGAUGAUAUUGCUGCAAGCUUUCCUCCACAUGUUAAGAUGCCAAUGGCAGCGAUUGCUAGGAGACGAAAGUUACUCAAUGAUGAUGUCCUCAUUUCUUUGGCGGAAAGUUCCUGGGACAUCCUAGAUGUCUCUGGGUCUGAUGUUUCUGAUUAUGGACUGGCAAGAGUGGCUGAGAAAUGUAAAUCUCUGCGAGCUGUGGAUAUUAGCCGGUGCAGCAAAAUUACUCCACAGGGUGUUUCAGUGCUUGUGCAACAUUGCCAUUUAUUGGAGAUACUAAGAUGUGGAGGAUGCCCCAGGAGUGAAUACACAGCACGCAGAUGUUUGGGUAUCUUGAAGCCGGAACUGAAUUGUGUAGAGGAAGAAUCUUGGGAGGAACUUGAUAGCAUGGAAAUCGCCAAUGGUGCACAGUCAUUGCGCUGGCUUGUAUGGCCAAAAAUUGAUGAUGACUCGAGGGAGAGCUUGACCACCGAAUGUCCACGAAUAGUGGUGAAUCCAAAGCCAUCACUUUUUGGUUUCCGAGGGGUUGAAGUUCCUUUUGGAGCAUUACCUGAUAUAUCAUUGGAUGAUCUUAUAGUCAAGGACAUUGAUCCCAGGACUUGGGCAACUUCUGCAGUUGCACCAAGUGUGACAAUUCCAUCUAUUUCUACUCCCAAUGAAAUAUCCAUGGCUGAAAGGUUCAGGCUUGCAUUUGUUGAGAGGGAUGCCCGAUUAGCCCCAAAGAGAGCGAAGAAUGUGAGGCAGCAUCGACGGCGUGAAGACAGGGAGAGGGUGACCAAGAGUACAGAUGCAAAGUCAAUAGCUCUGGCUGCCCAAUUGAAGAAGUCCCUACACAUUAGGAGCUGAUGGUUGGAUUCUUUGAACCUCUCUCUCUUCUCCUUUAGAGAUUGUCUUCCUUCUCUAUGCUCAGAAAAAAUUCAUCACUGUUGUAACAUCAUCAUCCAAUAACUGUAAAAGGUCGUCCUUGUCUCUUGGCUUUUUUUUUUUAAUUUCAUUGUUUUUGUAUAGAUAAAAAGUAUAAAACAAUAGCUUGUUGAGUUGAUGCAUAAACGAUGGUGUGAUUACUGAAAAUUCUUGUACGUUUGCUCAAGAAAGAAGGUUUCAAAUGCCAAAUUGGUAGAAAUGCAA